GAAGCAACAAAAUGAACAUUUUCUCAAUAUGCUGUGUAUUUUUUACAUUACUGAGUUUAUCACAUAGUCGACAUAAAAAAUAUGAGGGAUGUUCAAUAAGUUUUAAUCUUCAAAUGGAGGAAAAAUCACCAUUAUUUUUAAAAAACAAUACAAACAUUGAUUUUAUUGUUCCUGUGAAUGGUAAAUUAUAUUUAAAAAAUGACCAACAAUUUAUUUUAGUAUGUCCAGGUCCAAAAAACAUACUUCCAAUUUCCAACUCAAAUCAAACAGUCGUUACGUGUAGUUCUAACAAUUUUAUAUUAGCAAGAAAAACAGUUUCUUCAGAAGAGAUGCAGUGUUCUAAGAUCCCCAAGGCAGAAAUUCAGGAACAUAACAAACAAUGUGGUGGAAACGGCAAAAAAAUAUCAAUUGGGUAUAAAAUAACUCGUAAAAAGUGGGUUUAUUUGAUUGAAGUUUGUUACGAUUCAGAUUCAGGUAGAACUUUAUAUACGGAACACCACGUUAUUGGUGAAGAAAUAGAAAAUGCCUCCAAGACAAAUUUAAGGCCUUCCUUUAGCACUGCCGGGUUGGGCGCUGACACGCCCGCCGAAGUUGUAUAUAAACAGGAAUUCCAGAAAUCGACGUUCAAUCAAUUACUUGGGUCCGCACGAUUAGCCGAACAGUACAUAAACAACAAAUCCUAUUUGGCACGCGGACAUUUAUCUCCGGACGCCGAUUUUCUUUUGUCACCAUGGCAAUACGCUACCUAUUUUUACAUUAACACUUGCCCACAGUGGAACAGCAUUAAUAACGGAAACUGGAAGAGGAUUGAGAAUCUGAUACGAAAAACGGCUUCUCAUUAUAACAGCACGCUUAAAGUUAUAACUGGUACGCACGAUGUGCUGCAGUUACCAAAUGCUAAAGGAGAGUUAGUGGAUAUACUGCUAGCCAAAAGCAAGAGCAAAAUCCCAGUGCCAAAAUUCGUAUGGAAAAUUGUGUGCCAUGAACUCAACAAGCAGUGCAUUGUGCUUGUGGUGGUAAACAAUCCAUUUGCUCAGAAUUCGGGUAACAAUCUGAACAUUUGCAAUAAUAUUUGUGACACUUAUGGAUGGGCUGAUAGUAACUGGAAUAAAGUUACAAAGGGAUUAAUUAAAUGUUGUGAAUAUUCAGAGUUUAGUCAAGUUGUUUCGGGAUUGCCUAAUAUAAGAGUUAAAAGUGUUUUAAGGGGUAUAAACAAAUAAAAGAUUAAUUAAUUAGGUUAUAUGGGGAUUUUAAUAUUUAUUUUUAUUUAAACUGUGUAUUAAAGGGUUUUGUGAUGACGACUUUGAAGGACACAUUAAAUGUAAAUAUUAGUAUAUUAUUAUACGCUAAAGAAGUAUCGCUAGUAGCGCCACCACUCGGCUGUUAUCAUCGUAACAAAAAUAGAACUUUUAAUAAUCAGCUGUCAAACGCUUAGGUUACAACCGAGUGUUUUUGAGAAUAAAGCCUAUAAUGUUAAAAAAUAUCGAAAAGAAAACCGUGG